GGGCUUCUGUAGACGCUGGGGAGACAGAGGGGCCCUGAAGCCACCUGCUUGCAGAAGGGAGGCUCCCAGGCCUGGUGCUGCAGGGCCCGCUGUAGGGGGAUGGUGGCAGGAUUGGGAGGCUGGGGUCCCCAGUCUGAAGACAGCCCGAUGGGGAGGGUCACUUGCCCUUUCUGGAUCACGAAGUGACAUGCAGUCUCCCCCAGGUAAAAUGAGCCAAACAGUUCGGAUCUCUGAGCACGUUGCUCCCAGUCUUAACCAUUCAGUGAAGGAAGAAAGAACUGACAUCUUAGACAGUUUUAUGAAUGGGAGUUGGAGGUUUUCCCAUUUAUCCAUCGGGACCUCGGCCUCCCCUAGAGCUGAGUGUCGUGAGAGCACAUCGCCACAAGGGGGGGCGUGGGACACAUGGACUGGCCGGGGUGGGUGGGUGUCCAUGAGUGGGCGGGGUUGGGGGCGUCACCCCCAGCAGAUGAAUGGAACAAGUGUAUCCCCCAGGACCGCCAGAAUCUAGGGUUUGCAUUUUUUGGCUGGGGUAGGGAGUGAGAUUUGGACGGUCAGGGGACAUGGGUCCCACCCCCCACCACGCCGAGACCCCCGUGCUUGGCUGGUGGGAAUGAGUUGAUGCAGGUGCCAUGUCCCUGUCUUGCCUCCCAGGUGUGGUACAGAGAGGACGUCAGCCACUCCAACCCCGAAGGGUCCUCCUGGUCCCUGCUGGACACCCCCGGGGAGGUGGUCCAGAUCAGCUGUGGGCCCCACGACCUCCUGUGGGCCACACUCUGGGAGGGGCAGGCCCUGGUCCGGGAAGGAAUCAACAGGAGCAAUCCCAAAGGAAGUUCCUGGUCCGUUGUGGAGCCUCCUGGAUCUGAAAACGGGGUCAUGCACGUCUCGGUGGGAGUCAGCGUGGUCUGGGCUGUCACCAAGGACCAGAAGGUGUGGUUCCGAAGAGGCGUCAACUCUCACAAUCCCUGCGGCACCAGCUGGAUUGAGAUGGUUGGUGAGAUGCUGAUGGUGAACGUGGGAAUGAACGACCAGGUGUGGGGCAUUGGCUGUGAGGACCGAGCUGUGUACUUCCGGCAGGGCGUCACCCCCAGCGAGCUCAGCGGGAAGACCUGGAAGGCCAUCAUCGCGGCCCGAGAGUGUGACCGGUCACACUCCGGCAGCUCGUCUAGUCUCCUCAGUGCCGGCUGCUUCUUCGGUGACGAGGUGAGGGGCAGUGGCGAAUCUGCCCCCAGCGACACCGAUGCCUCCUCAGAAGUCGAGAGACCGGGGCCUGGCCAGCCUCUCCCUGCAGAGCCUCUAGACGAUUCCAAGAAUCCCACGGGGAGCUCAGCCUCGGGCCCAGGGGCUGGCAGGACUGCAGAAGAUACCGUGGAGGAUACCUGCCCAGCCGAGGGCAGCGGGGAGGCCGGACCUGACACACACCCCGGCCCCGCCCUCACCCCAGCCGAGCUGCCCUGGACCAAUAUUGACCUCAAGGAGCCCAAGAAAGUGCCCAGCCACUCGGCCGCUGGCUUCCCCGAGACCACCAGCCUCUCCUCGCUGGGGCUCCUCCCGCUGGGCUUGGAGGAGCCGUACGGGGUGGAUGACCACCCGCUGUGGGCCUGGGUAUCGGGAGGCGGCUGCGUGGUGGAGGCAUGUGCCAUGCCCAGGUGGUUCACUGUCCAAGCGGGCCUGUCUCCCUCGGUGCAGACACUGUCCCUGUCCAUCACGCCGGCCCAGACCGCCGCCUGGAGGAAGCAGAUCUUCCAGCAGCUCACAGAAAGGACCAAGCGGGAGCUGGAGAACUUCAGACACUACGAGCAGGCUGUGGAGCAGUCGGUGUGGGUGAAGACCGGGACGCUGCAGUGGUGGUGUGACUGGAAGCCCCACAAGUGGGUGGACGUGCGCGUGGCCCUGGAGCAGUUCACGGGGCACGACGGCGCCCGGGACAGCAUCCUCUUCAUCUACUACGUGGUCCACGAGGAGAAGAAGUACACCCACAUAUUCCUGAACGAGGUGGUGGCGCUGGUCCCAGUGCUGAAUGAGACCAAGCACUCCUUUGCCCUGUACACCCCCGAGCGGACACGGCAGAGGUGGCCGGUGCGUCUGGCCGCCGCCACCGAGCAGGACAUGAAUGACUGGCAGCUCGCCCUGCUCAGCCUGUCCUGCUGCGAGAGCCGGAAGGUGCAGGGCCGCCCGUCCCCGCAGGCCAUCUGGUCCAUCACCUGCAAGGGGGACAUCUUCGUGAGCGAGCCCAGCCCCGACCUGGAGGCCCACGAGCACCCCCUGCCCUGCGACCAGAUGUUCUGGCGGCAGAUGGGAGGCCACCUGCGGAUGGUGGAGGCCAACAGCCAGGGCGUGGUGUGGGGCAUCGGCUAUGACCACACGGCCUGGGUGUACACAGGUGGCUAUGGAGGUGGCUGCUUCCAAGGCCUGGCCAGCAGCACCAGUAACAUCUACACGCAGUCAGACGUGAAGUGUGUUCACAUCUAUGAGAACCAGCGCUGGAACCCUGUGACAGGCUACACCAGCAGGUAAGUGGCACAGGUGCCCAGCCAGGAUGCUGCCUGGCACAGGCCUUAGUCCUGGCAAAACCAGGACAGUGGCAUCCACCGUAGCGUGGAGUCCAGUAGAGCCUGGCAUCAGGUCCCUAGCAGGGAACUAACCGGAU